CUGUCUCAGAUUAUAUUUCGUGAGUGCAGGAUUUUCACCAUCAAAGUCUUCCGCUGAGGGAAAUUUUGGGAAAUCGUCCUUACAACCGCCAAUUCUUACUUUUCCUAUAAUUUUUUGACGAGAUCAAACUUAUAUCUAAAUAAACGCAAGAAACAGCAAUCUAUCGUGUUGUUGUUUUGUCCAUAAAAAAUCACGGGGGCUCUGGGUAGACUGGUUCCCUUAAGAGUUGGUACCUCAACAGUGUACUAGUUUCGAAGUGUCCAUAAAAAACACAUCCAGCUGAAUCGACUAGUACGUUGAGCAGAACUCUUUUCCAAUCCCAUCUAUAAUAAUAGUAAAACGAGAACAAAAAAUCAAAAUCUUCGUAGACAAACGUAGACUUCCCGUCCCGCCGCCCCCCAUAUGAGUCUGCGUGGUUUAUGGACGGAUCUUUUUGGACUGAUAAAUUUUACAUCCGCGCCUGUCCCGUCCAAUAUUGGCUACGAUUUGAACGUAUCAUUCCGGGCGAGUUUGCUGAUUAGAGACUCACCGCGACAUGCCUGCUGCUCUCGAAUGUGUUGAGCAACAGUAGAAAAAUUGAUACUGUGACGUGCUUGGAAGCGGUGUCUGGUCAUUUGGACGGCACUAGCAUUUUUUUUGCCAGUAGCCAGGUGUUCUGCGGAAAUGUUAUUGGAAAAGAUUUCCUCAAAAUGUUCUAUCCCUGUGUUUGAUACCGCACACAAAAAAGCUCAAGCUCGUGCAUUGUUGGACAAAGAUUACUGCUCUUAAAAUCAACGACUGCGGUGUGAAUAAUUAGUGGAGCUAAGGAAGCAGCUGUGACCAGGAUCGAGACAGCAUAAGGCAGUGGUGGCUGAAGAAUUAGUAUCAGUGAUUAUGUGAGCGGAAAGUGAACCGAGAGCAAGCAACUGUUAAGUCACUCUGCCGACCAGCCGGAUGAUGAUGAUGAUGAUGAUAUCAGCCUAGAAGCAUCCACCAAAUGCGUCAUUUGCGAUCGACAGUGCGCUGCACUGUUCCAGCUUGAUCGACACAUGCGUAUCCACACCAAAGAAGCACCCUACAGUUGUGACAUUUGCGGGAAAGGCUAUUACUUGAAGGUUAUGCUCGUUAAGCACAGAACGCUUCAUACUGACAAGCGCCCAUACAAAUGUGAUGUGUGCGUCAAAAGUUACAAAACACUACAAUCGCUAUGGUCUCACAAAUGGGUACAUGCGACGGAACAUCCCUUCAAAUGUGACACUUGUGGUAAAACAUUUCCCUUCAAGGCAAGGUUGGCAGAACAUCGUAAAUGUCAUAGCACGGAACGUCUACAUCGAUGCAAUGUUUGUGACAAAAGAUUCAAAACUAGAGCGCUUCUCGUCCUACACAUGAAAAUACAUUUUCGGGUGUCGUCGUUUCUUUGCGAUAUAUGUGGGAAAAUCUUGACAAGCGAAAAAAAUCUGCAAAUUCAUGCUAAAUCUCACACUGGAGAUAACAUGUACGAGUGUGAUAUUUGUGGGAAAAAAUUUGCUUCACGGUUAUAUAUAUUAGGACAUUUGAAAACUCACAGCGUUGAAACCCCGCACAAAUGUGAAGUAUGUGACAAAAACUUUCGCACACGAAACGUGCUGCGGUGGCAUAGCGCGUCUCAUGCGACGAAACAUCCCUUCAAAUGCGACACCUGCGGUAAAGCGUUUGCCCUCAAUGUACAACUCAGGUACCAUCUGAAAACUCACCAGGAACGUCCGUAUCGGUGCAGCAUUUGCGACAAAGCCUGGCGAGUAAAAUCUCAACUAGCCGAUCACAUGCUUCGGCAUGUUCGACCUUUCCAUUGUGACAUAUGCGGAAAAACGUUUCCCAAGGAGGGCAGCUUGAGAAAUCAUGCUAGAUGCCAUACUACUGAGAGUGAUUUUGAGCAUCCCCACAAAUGUGACAUCUGUGGCAAAAGCUUCUACGCAGCCUAUUUGUUGCAGUAUCACAAGGGGACGGUACAUGCGACGGAACGUCCCUUCAAAUGUGACACUUGUGGUAAAGAUUUUUCCCUCGAGAAACAGCUGAAGCAACAUCGGAAACGUCACAGUGCAGAGCGGCCGCAUAAGUGCAAUCUUUGCAACAAAGCAUUCAGACUUCGUAAGGACCUCGUCACCCACAUGCGUGGUGUACGACAUGCAACAGAACGUCCCCUGAAGUGUGACACAUGUGGCGAAGAAUUUUCCACCAAGGUACAAUUCGGGCAACAUCUGAAAACGCACAGUCAGUAUCAGUGCAACAUUUGCGGCAAAGCGUUUAAGCUUAACUACCUCCUCGGUCACCACUUGCGUACUCAUACCGGUGAACGUCCGUACAAAUGCGAAAUUUGUGGUGCAUCGUACCGGGACAAUAAAUACCUUACCGCGCACCGAAAAUGUCACUCAAGCGCCGGCGCUAAACCGUUCGAAUGUGCGAUAUGCGAAGGAAAGUUCGACUCGAAAAUUGCUCUCAACCGUCACAUGAAGGUUCACUUGUGAGAAGGUCGGUCGCCAUUUACCUCUCAAUAAUGUCUGGUUCUGUUCGGGUAAAUUACGCGCAGAGUGUAGCAGGCGAGUAAUCCCUCGUUUCAUUUUGGCUAUGCGUUUUUUCUUCGCUUUAAUACAAGCACAAUUAUAGAGUAUUUUCCAAUCUGCGUAAUUUGGCAAUCCAUGUGACGUUUGUUUGACAAUUCAGCGGUGGGUUUUGUCAACAAGUCUACUCCUGCGAAAAGAAAAACUCGUCCGACAAACAUCUUUCCUUAGUCCGUUUCGUUUGAUGUUGGAUCGAAUCAACGAUAUUGUCGGACGUCGCGCUCACCGGAGUAAUGUCAGAAGAACCUAAACAGUUGAUCAGAGGAUUGUCUAAUAGUAUUAGUGUAAUCAACGUUUUUUUCUCCACCUGUCAAUGUACUGAUAGGUGGAGGAAAACAAAUCAAAAAUAGCUUUUCGGUCGGAUUAUUUUCGGGAUGGAACCCGAACAAACUGUAAAUACGUUGGGCAAGCUAUUUCAAAUGUUUAAAUAUACUGACAGUUUAGCGUAUGACAGCUGAAAGAAAUUAAGCCCUCAAGUAAUAUAUGUGGGUGAAAUGGUUUCUAUAGAACUGUAUGCAUAAUAAAGUAUUCAAGUUAAAGUUAAACGAUUUUAAAUUUUCAAGUUCCGUUCCGUUCAGAUCAAUAUUUAUGGUUCCUCUUGCGUUGGAUACUUGAAGGAACAUAAAACCAGUAGAAUAUUGAAUAACCGAUAAAAUUCCAUGCUUGAUAACAAAUUUAAUGGAAGUUUAUCACAUGUACGACAAUCAAAUCGACAAACUGAAAUACCAUCACCUGAUUCACAACUGGUUGCCAACUUUGUGGCUUCUGUCAAGGCAACAAUUACAGCUACGAAAACUACGUUCAAUACAUCAGCAUCAAACACCAUCACCGAUGAUAAAAAACGACGAAUUCACACUCUUUAUUACCCGGCGUGAAAAAUUGUCUCCUCGCGCCAUUACGUAUAUUACAGAUCCACGGCUCCGUUAAACUAACACAUUAGGCAUAGACAAACGAACGAAGAAUAAAUAAUAGCGAAACAAUGUUGAGAUCAACGUUCGAUGAUUGCCGUCACAACUUUACUAAACUCAUUCUGCUGAUGAUAAUAGA